CUCUCACCCUAAGUCCCAUCGUUGUGUGACUGUGAAGAGGGAUUACCUUCGCUUCACAGUAGACCAAGUGGGCUGAGAGGUUUGUGCACCAGCUGCAAAAGGCUCCAGAUACCUAAUCUGCACACACACUCAGGUGUCAGAGACAUGGGUAACUCAACAGGAAGCACUGUGGACGACCUGCAGGCGGUGGAGAUGCACCUCUGGUACAAGAAGUUCAUGACCGAGUGCCCCUCGGGUCAGCUCACCCUGCACGAGUUCAAGCAGUUCUUCGGGCUGCGAGGUUUGGACCCAGAGGCCAACGCCUACAUAGAGCAGAUGUUCCGCACGUUUGACAUGAACAAGGACGGCUACAUAGACUUCAUGGAGUAUGUGGCAGCUCUGAGCCUGGUGAUGCGAGGAAAGAUGGAGCACAAGCUGCGCUGGUAUUUCAAACUUUAUGAUGUGGAUGGAAACGGCUGCAUCGACAGACACGAGCUCCUCAACAUCAUAAAGGCCAUUCGUGCAAUCAAUGGGAAUGAAAAUCAGGAAACAACCGCUGAGGAUUUCACCAACAGUGUGUUUGACAGGAUUGAUAUAAAUGGAGAUGGCGAGCUUUCCUUGGAGGAGUUUGUGGCCGGUGCUCGCACUGACACCGAUUUCAUGGAGGUGAUGAUGAAAAGUCUGGACCUCACCCACAUCGUGGCCAUGAUCCACAACAGGAGGCACAGCGUUUAGGGUCUGUCCAGUCCGAUUACCUCAUCCUCAUAUGGGAUCUAACCCAAGAGCUUCAGUACGUCACCUCUGGUAAAAAGGUCAUUUAUAGGCCGAGAUUGAAUCCAAUUUAAUAUGAUGACAGUGAAUUGUUAACACUGAUAUUUCACAUUUUUAUUCUCUAAAAGAGUAACACACAUGCACUUUAAAUGCACCUGGAUGACUCAGUCAACCUUUGCAGACCAAUGUCCUUCAUGAUGCUGAGCUCUCCCAAAGCCACGUUUGGCACAAGGGAUGAAACUUCAGAUGGCCCACUUACCCUCAGAUACCCCCAUGGGAUAAAAGAGAGAGGUAUUUGAGUAGAGUGGCAAUUAUAUGCACUCAACUAUGCUUUCCAAAUCCUUUUUUUUCUGAGUCUGAGUCCCUCUGCAUAAAAUUACUCAAAUCUCUAUUUACCCGUUCUUGCCUGUGGGGUUUACGGGAGGAAGCUGAGACACUCCAUGCUAAUUCGAUCAAGUCCCUGGCUGGAUACAGGAACAGGUGAAAGUUUCUGGAGAGAUUUAGUAGUAUGCAAAAUAAAAUUCUCAAAUGUUUACCUUUUUUAUGUUUUAACUUUUUUUUAAUGUUUGAAAUAAUUUAAGAGGAGGCAAAAGGCAAACUACUGGCUUGUGGUUUUGUAACAAGUGUGUGUGGGUGUUUCUUUGGCUGAGUGAUUUGCUUCCAAUUCAGCAUUAAAUACAGAUAUAGAUUACCUUUGUUAUGUUUGUUGGCUACGCUCGACUGGUGCCUUCUGUUGGAAGACUGCAGAAUGUGUUUUUCUCAGCUUUUGCUUAUUUGUACAAUAAAAACAAACACUUAAAAUCA